GUCGGACACCAAUUUACCGAGGCGUCCACGUAUUCCCCCAGUGCAGCGACGUCCUUCUGGACUGCAUCUCCUCUGUCACAGCCAAUCUUCGGCAGGGGCACGCUAUCAGCUGAAGAUGAGACGGGCCAACUAGCCUCUGCCUGGGUUAUUGUCACCUCGACGCUAGAUCUAUCCUCUGGUGUGCCACUGCGAGAGUCUGACGGGACACCCUCCUCUGCCCCUGAGCUCCACUUCGCGUCCCAGGCCCAGGAGGAUGAGUUCAGUUUUGCACUUGCCAAAGUCGUCCAGGCUGGACAACUGGGCCAUGGCGCUGGCAAUCCCUACGACGUCUUGGCCUGGCAUAGCCAUCAAGUGAGAGCGCACUUCAUCGACCAUGAACAUCGCUAUCUUGCCAGGGCGUGCAGACGGGUUGCUGUUCAUGGCGAGGAUGGUGUUGAGCAUGUCAUGGAAGGCGGCCCUAUGGCUGCCCUUCAAAGGACUGCACAGCACCUUCAGUCGACCUUUCGGCAGUACUUUGCCCGCCUGUCCCCAAUUAUACGGGCUAUGGAGCAGGGUAACUGCUCAGGGGAUCCAAAUACUAUGUCAGAUGCCGUCUUCAUACGGUUCACGCACGAUCUGCAUGCUUUGGUCGCCGAUGCUGCAGGUCCCAUAUUACCAGUCAUGCGCGCCGUCUUUGAUCCUCUCAUAGAACAGACACUGCAGAUGCCGAGGGCAGAGACGAAAACCAAGUCUGCUCGUCAGUCGUCCAAGUGGGGAAGCAUCGGUGGUGGGGACGCACGAGAGCGUCUCCUUCAGCUUGUCGAGGCGCUGAAUCAGGUCGGCAUGGCUGGUGAGAGCUUCCAGGUGUUGUUUGCCGAGAUCAUGGACAAGAAGAUGACCGAGUACGUUCACCAGUCGUACGCCCGGGUCUGGAGAUGUCCCUCAAAAUUCGAGAGCGGCGGACGCGGGCUGAAUAGGGAGGUCAUCAGAACCCUGGGCCUCUCCCAGGCCUCAUGGUGCAUUCUGUCGCUCUGCAAUUGGAUAGAAAAUUGCUUUGCCCGUCUGGCAUUGGAGGUGCUAAGUCGCGUCGAAAAGACGAGCACGAAGUCCAAGAUUGUAUCCCUGGCCUAUGUACAGCAGUGGAAAGAGACAGGGAUUGGACGUAUCGCUGCUCUGCGAACCUCGGAGCUCUUCGACAUCGUGCUUGCGUGGCCGGCAAGCAAGGGCGCACUCGAUGACCUCAAGGCCAGCGUUACGACCCCUCAGCGGCGCUGGCAACUGACGGAGGCCUUUUCCUCUGCGCUCCAGAACCGCCUGUUGCACCCGGCGCGGUCUACGUUGGACAUAUUGCGGGUCUACAUCUCCAUGAUUCGUGCUUUCCAUGCUCUUGACCACUCCAAGGUCCUCCUGAGCCGCGUGGUCCCAUCCCUCCAGCUUUAUCUCGUUCAGCGAGAGGACGCCGUCCGUAUUGUGGUCACGGGUCUGCUCGCGAGUCCAGAGGAGGUCGAGGCGGCGGAGAAGUCAUCUUCUCCUCCUCCUCCUUCUGACGAUGGUGCAUGUAAGAAACUGGUCGAGCUUGCCGUGCUUCUCAAUGAUCCAGAUCAGCAGCGACGAACGGACGUUGACGAGGAUGACCUUGACUGGGAUGAUCUCAACUGGGUCCCGGAUCCUGUGGACGCAGGUAUCAAUUACAGACGGCCCAAGUCCGAGGAUGUCAUCGGCACUCUUAUCAGCACGCUUGGGUCUGAAGAAGUCUUCAUCAAAGAGUUCCAAAAUAUCAUUUCUGAGCACCUCUUGUCCAACCAGACAGAUUUUGCACAGGAGCAACGAGUACUUGAUCUCCUGCAGAAGCGCUUCAGUGAAUCGGCACUGCAGAACUGCGAGGUGAUGAUCAAGGACAUUUACGACUCGCGAAAAGUUGACACGCGAAUCCGCAGGGUCCAGCUUGGUCAGCCUGCGCAGCCUGCGAGGACAUUUGGAACACCAGCCACACCACCCACAUACAUGGACAUGGGGAGGCAGCUGGACCUGGACGAAGAGGAGCAAGGGCAGGUGCCAUACCACGCGCGCAUUCUGUCCCGUCUGUACUGGCCCGACAUUGUGCAGGAGACUUUCAACCUGCCACAACCUGUCGCGCAGCAGCAAGGGAAGUAUGAAAUUGGGUACGAACGCCUCAAGAGCUCACGCAAACUCACCUGGCUGCACCAGCUCGGCCAGGCCACAGUUGAGCUGGAACUGGAGGACCGCACCAUCAACGUUGAGUGCAAGACCUUUGAGGCAGCUGUCAUCUACGCGUUCCAGGACAGCGAAGGAGAUCAAGAAGCAGAAGGAGGCGGGACCAGUGGCCCAACGCGCCGCACCGUCCAGGAGCUCCAGGAGAUCCUCGGGAUGGACGAGGAGUUGGUGCUCCAGGCGCUCGAGACCUGGGAGCUGGAAGGGGUUAUCGCCCGUUAUUCCACCUCACCCGAUACAUAUGUUGUGCUGGAACGGAAAGACUCGCCUUUGACCAGACCGGAGCUUCAUCCUUCGGCAUCAGCGCCGGCAGCGCUGGAAGGAGAACACCAGGUGGCGGGGAUGCCGCCUAAGCCUUCUGGUGUGAAGCGGGCGGGUACGACGAGCGCGAUGGAUGCCAAGGAGAACGAGAGGAGGGCCAUGUACUGGCAAUUCAUCGUGGGCAUGCUGACAAACUCGAUGCCUAUGAUGCCGCUCGGCCAGAUGGCCAUGAUGAUGAGGACGUUGAUCCCCGACGGCUUCUCCUGGAGUGACCAGGAACUGCAGGAGUUCUUAGCGGAGAAGGUGGAAUCGGGAGAGCUGCAGCUUGUGGGCGCGAAAUACAAGCUGGCCAAGAAAUGAAGUGACUACAUUCUGUCUUCUGGUCGCCGGCACCGGAAACUGGAGGAGCGUCGCAUUGCUAAGUAUUUUGUUGAGGCGGGCGCGUCGAGAUACCCCCAGGAGCAUAAUUGUUUACCUAGCCGAGUGCUUCUUUUCCUUGUUACAAUCACACGCGGGUUCACUACAAUUAGGUUUGUCGCGGCGCCCCUGCCGCAACGCUUUGUAGUAAAGUAAAAGCAUUACCACU